AUGCAGAUCAAUCCAGCUGCGCUGACGGGGUCAGACUCUGCCUCAACGUCAGUCCCAUCGGCAAAACCGCCCAGUUCUUCGCAAGCGACUACCCAAAAGACUACAAAAGCGCUGAUAUCCGUCCCCCGUCUCGAUUUUGAGCCUAUAUAUACGGACCUGAAGUUAGCAGUAGGAGACCAUUGGGUCGAGUACAAGCAGGCCAUAACUCUCUUCUUACUAGGGCACUUAAACCAACAUGAGUUCUCGAGACGUGUUGACCACUUCCUGUGCGCUGAUGCCAAGCUGGAGCAUUUGCACAAUAACUUCAUAUGCUCGAUAAUCGGGAAUCUCACUAGGGACCUUCCUGAUCAUGGAGUUGCAAGUUGGGUUUCUGCAAAUGACAAACCGACGGUGGUCUCGAAACCCGCGUCGGGUGAUGCUGCUGAACAGCGACUGAAAACGGAGGUUAUGCAGCUGCAGCCCAAGGAUAGGAGGAGAUUAAAAGCCAUACCGGAACCGGAUCCCCACUCGAUACCUAACCCACUCGAGGAAUACCACCUUGCGAAGCAGAUACGUAUAGUGGAUCAAGUCCCUUCCAGUGCAGGAGGCCUGAAUACGCCAAACUGGGAGCUUGAAAUCCGAAAACGAUAUGCCCAGCCACUUGCUUCUGAAAUAGGCGAAUUCCCAGACGCUGAGUCUAUCCACGCGCGCAUGGUGCCAAUAUGCUAUGAAGAGUCCAUAACAAACGGGGCUUCGUUUCCCUGUGCAGUUUUCAUGUCCAUCGCGACUGAAAACUUUGUCAAGGAAUUCCUUUCGCACGUGUUUGCGCGAACAAGGUCGAAUGGACCAUCAGGAACCAUCAACGGCACGAUGACGAGAAGAUACCGCCAGCAGCUGGAGAAGGAAGAACUUGCCUUUGCUCGCGGAGAGUUAGUAAAGAAUACUGCCAAUGGUCUAUUACCCGUUGAAGCGAAAGAAGCUAGCACAAGGAAGCCCCUUGGUGUCCAAGAUUUGAAGUUUACACUGGGACUUGGAGGUGACUUAUUGGGCCACAUGCCGCUCAUUGUCAGCCAAAUCAUGGACGGUUACCUAGAAGGAGAGCUUGAGGCAGAACGUGACGAUUACAUCGUGGAAAUCGAGGAUGAAGAUCACGAAGUACCAGAAGACAUGUUUGAUAUAGACGAGAUGGAGAUCGAUGAUGCCGGCUGGGACUGGCAAGGCGCGACUCCUGCGGACCGAGAUCAGCUGAAUUCCGUCCUUGAUGAAUGCCUUAGCAUGGCAGCCUGA